CUCUACUUUGGAAGUAAGAGAAGGCUUUAACUCAGUAAAUUGCUCGGGCCGAUUUGUCUGUGAGACAAUCCGACUCUCUGGAUGGAGCCGCGCUGCCGCAGAAUGAGGGCUCUGUGUUUGAACUUUGCCAUCACCUGUCUGUGUCUUCUUCCCUCAUCGGUCCAAGAAACAUCCAAACCGUUAGACUUUCAGAGCCACCAAUGGAGGGAGGAGGAAGGAGGAGGGGAUGAUGUUGGGGGAGCAGCAAUGAAGGUCAAACAUAUCUCCAAAGACUUGCAAGUCAUCUCCACCAAACACAAAACACCUGCUUACGGGUCACUGGGCCCGUAUGGUUGGCCUCAGAAUGUCUCUCAAGCCCUGGAUCAGUAUCUCUAUCGGCCUCCUCCCAAAUCCAAACCGCCUGCUAAAACAUCCCCAAAGGCCAAGAAGAUCCUGGGUUGGGGGGAUUUCUACUUCAACGUGAAAACACUGAAGUUCAGCCUCCUGGUGACCGGGAAAAUUGUGGACCACAUUAACGGAACUUUCAGCGUCUACUUCCGCCACAACUCGUCCCGACUGGGAAACAUAUCGGUCAGCAUCGUCCCGCCCUCCAAAACUGUAGGAUGGGAGGUUCUGGAUCCUGCAGCUCACACCAAAAACUCAGUCCUUCUUCCAGAUGUGACGUCCCAGCUUCCCCCUCAAUCCACAAGCCCGACUCCUCCCGAGCAGCAGAAGCAUCAGCUGGACAUGAUGACGGUGACCGAACUCAACUGUCGGAUUGAGUAUCAGAGAACCAACCGGUCCAAGAAAACCAAACCAUGCAUGUAUGAUCCUGGACAGACUUGCUACUCAGAAAACACCCAAUCCCAGGCAGCCUGGAUCUGUGCCAAACCCUUUAAGGUUAUAUGCAUCUUCAUUGCUUUCACCGGGACGGAUUACAGGCUGGUGCAGAAAGUUUGUCCAGACCACAACUUUCAGACAGAGCAGAACCAGCAGCACUUUGGAUGACGGAGAAGCCGAGAUAUCACC